GUGCCGGGAGCCCGGCCGGGAGUGAGGCGCAGCGGCGGCGGCGGCAACAAGUGCUGGAGCUGAGGCGAGCCGGAGCCGCCCAGACCCCGCCGGCCGGCCGCCCGUCCGCGCGUCGCGCAUGGAGCUAGAGCGGCGGCGGUCGCGGGGCUGAGCCGCACGCGCGGCUGGGACGUGGAUGCGGCCGCGGUCUCCCGCCCCGCCCCGCAGAGCUGGAGCUGCCCCUGGACAAGAUAUGAGAAAUGAGUGUUGGACGUCGAAGAAUAAAGUUGUUGGGUAUCCUGAUGAUGGCAAAUGUCUUCAUUUAUUUGAUUGUGGAAGUCUCCAAAAACAGUAGCCAAGAAAAAAAUGGAAAGGGGGGAGUAAUAAUACCCAAAGAAAAGUUCUGGAAGACAUCCAGCCCUUCCCGGGCAUACUGGAACAGAGAGCAAGAGAAGCUGAACAAGUGGUACAAUCCCAUCCUGAACAGGCUGGCCAACCAGACGGGGGAUUUGUAUGCGUCUCCAAAUACAAGUCAUCUGGGCUUUUGUGAACCUGACCCGAGGGUCAUGACAGCUGUGACAGAUUUUAAUAACCUACCAGACAGAUUUAAAGACUUCCUCUUGUAUUUGAGAUGCCGAAAUUACUCACUGCUUAUAGAUCAACCGAAGAAAUGUGCAAAGAAACCCUUCUUACUGUUGGCGAUUAAGUCCCUCAUUCCACAUUUUGCCAGAAGGCAAGCAAUUCGGGAAUCUUGGGGCAGAGAAACCAACGUGGGGAACCAGACAGUAGUGAGAGUCUUUUUGUUGGGCAAGACGCCCCCAGAGGACAACCACCCUGACCUUUCAGACAUGCUGAAGUUUGAGAGCGAGAGGUACCAGGACAUCCUCAUGUGGAACUACAGAGAUACUUUCUUCAACCUGUCUCUGAAGGAGGUGCUGUUUCUCCGGUGGGUGAGCACUUCCUGUCCAAAUGCGGAGUUUGUUUUCAAAGGCGAUGACGAUGUGUUUGUGAAUACUCACCACAUCCUGAAUUACUUGAAUAGUUUAUCCAAGAAUAAAGCCAAAGAUUUGUUUAUCGGUGACGUGAUCCACAAUGCUGGGCCUCAUCGGGAUAAGAAACUGAAGUACUACAUCCCAGAAGUCUUCUACACUGGGGUCUAUCCACCAUAUGCAGGGGGAGGUGGAUUCCUGUACUCUGGUGCCCUGGCCCUGAGACUGUACAAUGUAACUGACCGGGUCCACCUCUACCCCAUAGAUGAUGUUUAUACUGGAAUGUGCCUUCAGAAACUGGGCCUUGUUCCAGAGAAACACAAAGGCUUCAGGACAUUUGAUAUUGAAGAGAAAAAUAAAAAAAAUAUUUGUUCAUAUAUAGAUCUAAUGUUAGUACAUAGCAGAAAACCUCAAGAGAUGAUUGAUAUUUGGUCUCAGUUGCAAAGUCCUAAUUUAAAAUGCUAAAAUACAUCUGAGCUACAUUUCACACAAAGGCAUAGCCUGACUAGUUCCCAUGCUUUCACAGUAGGGUGACUUCUGUAUGAAGCCAUCCGCCUUGAUGAAUAGCAUCUGGGCCUCGAGCCCUCAGUUCCACACUUUUGUGGCAAGGGGGACUGGUUCUGACCCUUUCUCUGGCUGCCAGUCCUCAGUUCCUAAUUUUUCCAUCUCGAAAAUCAUCUUUAGAAUCGGAAGGUCUUUUUUGUCCUUGUAAUGAUGUACUCCUGCUUCCAUUAUAAUGAUGGAAACAGAUCAGGUGUUUAUACAUUGAUUGACUAAUCAAGAUUUUGUAGGACAUGAUUUGGUGUUUUUGUGAAAUGGAAUUAUUUAUUUUCAUAAAACUUUGAUGGGCUUUUAAAAUUGGCUAGAAAGUGGACUGAUGUUGAAAUUCCCUGUCACCCCAACAGUAUUCUCCUUGUUACUAGAACCCGCCAUUUUCUUUACAAAAGGAAAGCCACCGUGCAGCAAAUGCAGUCCAUCUCAUCUGGCCUAUGGCCAUGAGAAGGCAGAGGGUUUUCUUUUACUUGUGUUUGCUUUCCUGGGUAGCAUCAUAAUAGUUAACUUAGUAUUUGGAAAUCUCGAGUGUGAUUCCCUAAUGGCCUACUGAAGACUCAGUAGCCCGACAGCCGUAUGGGUUUGUGAAUGUUCCAUGUGGGUCAGGGUGAGUUUUGAACUUGAAAUGAAAAGCUAGAUUUUGAAGGCAUUUUCUUAAGUGGUUUGUCAGUUUAAAACCCCAGGAUUCUAUUCUUGCUGUAUUAUCUAUCACAUGUUGCUUAGCUGAAGCUCUUCUGAGUAGUGAUGCUUCCCUGUCUCAGUGUAGAAGUACCUGUGUUUUUAUUUAUUGUUCAGAUCAAAGACCAAAACAUUUUCUUAAAAAUAUUUUGUGUAAUAUUUUAUUUGUAUACAGUGUUGUCUGUGAGAUAUUUAACUAGAGCAUGAUAUUUUAUUUUUUCUCAUUUUAAUUAGUUUUUUGAGAAUUUCAUACAAUGUGUUUUGAUCCAUAUUCACCUCCCCCAACACCUCCCAGAUCCAGCUCCAGCAUGUUUUAAAUGUUAAGCUGUAACAUAUGUUGAAUAAAGUUAACUCUUAUUUUUGAAUUUUAAAAUUUGGAUUGGGGGGUAGAACUGCUAGAGUUGGUAAGGUUCUGCCAAAUUGUUGCUUAUACCUUGUAUCUUGUAACAUGCUUCCUUGAAGUAUUUUUUGUUGUUUUAGAGGGCUCUCCUUUGUGCUGUUGGGGACUGGGGGAAAUGGAAAUAAAGUGACUGUAUUUUUUAA